UCAAUAUAAUGAUAACUUGUAAUUAUAGCAAAAAGUUCACCAAUAUUUCAAAUUAUAGCCAGAUUUCUUAACACAAUCCAAGUGAACUUUUGGUACAAUUAAAAAAGAGAUAGCAAAUUCCCAAAAUGGUAACUUUUUCAUUUGGGAUUAACUGUACGAAUAAAUAUGUAAAUCGAUUUGUAACAUAGUACGAAUUAAUUUUACAACUGAUAAAUGAUAACACCGUUGCAAGUGUAAAAAACGCUUGUGGUCUACUUAAACUCGCAGCCCUGAAGCGAACACUGGUUCAGUAAGUUCAGCAGACGACAUCCUGAAACGGUGACAGGGUAGAGCUUCAAUAUUGCAGAAGAAUUGGCCGACGAACAUACAUCACGGACUCGGUCACCGGAGUAGAGAGUGAGUCGCAAUCGCACGCGAAUAAUCCACGGUUAAACACCAAACAGUCUUCAGUGGUUUAGCAAAAACCAACCACUAACCACAGAACUUUGUUUUAACCACGAGAAUUGAGACAUCAACGGAAUGAAGGUGAAGGAAGAAACAGGGUGCAGUGUAGUUCGAAUUUCAGGAUUUAUUUCUUCACCAAUGCAGGAAAAAGCUUUGGACUUGUGAGAAGAUUAAACCCAGCACCAAGCAUGAAGACAUCAUUAUUCGGAAGUCACUUACUGAGACACACAAAUGCCAUAUCCUUCCUAGCUUUAUCUCUUUUAUUACCCUUAAGCCUAUCCAAGGAAGAGGCUCAUUCGAGACAGAAAAGAAUACUGUGGGUAACGGCCGAUGGAAGGCUUGCUUUACCUCCAGGCACAACUCUAGUCAUCACUCCAUCUCUUUCGCUGCCAUUCGUUAGGUACCCCCCAGAUGGAUUUUUUUCCAACAUGACAGUCAGUCUACCUUUUACAAUUGAUUUUAAUAAACUCGGCUUAACUGACAACGAGAAUCCCUUUGGAGUCAUCCCUCCUGUUCUGGCCCGUUCGAUGGGUAGAGCAGCAGGAGGAAUCUUAGCAGAUUACGUCGGAAGCUUACUAGACCACAGAAGGAGAAGUAAAAGCAAAAGAUCGAUUGAAGAAACGGCACCACAACCACCUGAACAAUACAAACAUGCUUUUCACGGAGGCGAAAGAGCAUUGUUGUAUGUUGUCCUCGAAGAAUUUUUAGAGAAUUUCGGGAUGAACGGAAAAGCGUGUCUUUUGAGGGCUAUAUGUGAAGUGCACGCUCACCCUAUGACAAAUUUCGGACUAGUAGGAGAAAUGUUAAAGUUAUUUUUAUCAGCGAGCAAAUCGCCGUAUUCCGAAUUGCUCAAUGAAUACGUCGAAGCGGAAAAUGCCGGACGUGGGAAGUCCGGGCCUUCUGAAUGUUGGCCAUACAUGAAAGAUUGUCCAAAAUCUCUCUUUCUUCCCAAGCACAAUCAUUAUAGUGAAUCUGAGGAAGAAAAUGUGAUCGAGGAAGCAAACAAAGUUACCUACACUCCCACAGUAAAAAAUAUGUAGUGACCCAAGUGACUUAAAAAAUAGUGAUAAAAUUUUAAACGGGUGAGAUUUCAACUAAGUCAAAGACGUAAUAAGCAAUUUAUGUGUAUAUAAUGCGAAAAAAUUGCUCAGAAUAAUUUUAGUGUAUUCUUACGGCAUUAAAACUUCGUAUUGACUGAUUAUAAUCUAAUUAUUGUGCUAUAUACUUAAGUGCUCAGUGUAUUAUAGAAACAAUCGCUUGUAAAAGAUUUUUUAUUUAUUUAACUAUUUAUUAUAUCAGAAUAUUUUUAUUUGUGCAGUGCAUGAUAAAAUUAUUGUAAAUAAAUAAAUCUAUUUACCAUAA